AUGUUUACAUUAGACGAUAAAAGCGCGGAUGGGAAUUUCGAAGUGACCUUGGCAACCAAGGCCACCAUCUAUCACCAAGGCUUGGUGGAGUGGAAGCCGCCUGCCAUAUACAAAUCGUCGUGCGAAAUCGAUGUUGAAUAUUUUCCGUUUGAUGAGCAAACCUGCGUACUGAAAUUUGGAAGCUGGACCUACGAUGGUUUCAAGGUAAGGGUUGGGUUGGCUAAAACCCAUCACCAAGUGAACGAAUGA